AUGGACCAAGUCGGGAUUCAAUCACCAGCAGGAGGAAAGCACGACGGUCAUGACACGGAGUGCAACGCUGAAUAUGACUUGAAUCACCAAAGGAUGCAAGAAUACCUAGAGACAACCAUGCAAGGAAAAGAAGAGGAGGAGGAAUUCGACCGGUACAAGAACAACCCAGAGCUGUUAGGCGAGACAAAGUCCAAGGCAACCCGCAUGUUCUCCUAUGACUGGGCAAAUGGGUACGUGUCCCCCUUCAGACCAACACCACGCGACAUCCUCACCAACAUGCUCCAGCACGUCGACUUUUCCACCACAGAAACCAACAGAGGCAGCAGCGCGAUACUAGACCUAGGAUGCGGAGACGGUUUAGUCUUGGUCCAAGCACUCGAAACUUUUCCUCGCUCACAACUCUCACGCGCGAUUGGCGUCGAUCUAGACCGACCCCUCCUCGAAGCCGCCCACGACCGCAUCCAACAACAACACCCUUCUUCCACGCAACCACAAUCGGCAUCAGAAUACGAUAUCUUGUCACGGUUAGAGUUGUACCAUGGAGACUUGACAACCAUGCAGGACCCUCUCACCACCAUCAUGGCACCACCUACCCCCCAAAACACGACACCAUCACCAACAGCAACAAUGGACACAUUGAUCAGCGAGAGCUCACACCUAUUCGUCUACCUACUCCCAGAAGCACUCUCAAAACUGGCCCCUUUGCUGUUAGACGCGAUGGUGACAAAACAUAAAGUCGUUCUGUCGAUGCGGUGGGAGAUUCCAGAACUGAGCGACUACCUCGUCCAUGGCGGCGAGCACCACCAGUUCUACAUCUACCAGUCUACUAUGCAGUCGUAG